ACUUACAGUCCGCAUGGAAUGUAAACAAAGUCGCUGUAAACAGAAAUCGCAUAUUAAUAAAGAGAAUGAAUUAAGAUGGCCGUCUCCAAGCGCUCGUUGAUUAUCGACAACGGAUCGUAUGAAUGCCGGGUAGGAUGGAACAAUAGCAAGAAACCUGAUCUGCGAUUUCGCAAUGUGCUGACCAAGCCACGAAAGGAUCGCAAAAAGGAUUGCAACCAGAUGCCUGACUCCUCUGCAGCUCCGGCAACCCCUGUAGACGAACUGAAAGCAAACGCCGAGAUCCAAAUUGGGAAUGAUAUAACCAACAUUGAAGCAGUGCGAGCCCAUCUCAAAUCGCCAUUCGAGCGCAAUGUGAUCACUAAUUGGAAUCAUCAAGAGCACAUCCUUGACUACAUCUUCAGCAAAAUGGGCUUUGAUGGUGAGACUAGCAUCGACUAUCCCAUUGUCUUAACCGAAGCGCUGGCCAAUCCCAAUCCGAGUCGCCGCCAAAUGAGCGAGCUGCUCUUCGAGUGCUACAGCGUGCCGGCGGUCUCAUAUGGCAUCGAUGCACUCUACAGCUGGCAUCACCACCAACAGCAACAUAAGAAAGUUGUGGAUGCACUUAUUAUAUCCUUUGGAUAUAGCACGACGCACGUGAUUCCCGUGCUGGGAGGCAAGAUGCAGCUGCAGCACGUUCGUCGCCUUAACGUAGGCGGAUUCCACAUAAAUAAUUAUUUGUUUCGGCUGAUGCAAAUGAAGUACCCAGUGCACCUGAAUGCCAUCUCGAGUCGCAUCGAGAAACUCGUCCACGAGCACUGCCACAUUGCGCAGGACUACAAAGAGGAGCUGAUGAAGUGGGCGCAAUUAGAUUACUAUGAGGCGCACGUUAUGAAGAUUCAAUUGCCCUACAACCAAGUCACGGCGACCAAUGCACUGCUCACAGCAGAGCAGAAGCAGGAGAAGCGCCGCGAGCUAGCGCUGCGACUGCUGGACAUUAAGAAUCGUCGGGAGCGUGAGAAGCUGCAGGAGGAUGAGGAUUACCUGCAGGUGCUACGCAAGCUAAGGCAGCUCUACGAGCAACAGAAACUGCAGAAAUUUGAACGGGCACUGCAGCAGCAGCAAAUCGCCAAUCUGGAGGAGCUGGACAAGCUGUUGGGCACGAUAACAGCGCGUAUUAAACGUGUCAAGGAGCGAGCCACUGCCCAACCGAAGCCAAGUAAGCAGCAAGAUAAGCUGGACAAGCUGCCAAAGCCGCCAGAGGGUGUGCCGCAAGCGCAGUGGCUGGCGGAUCUGCGGGAAAAGCGAGAUCAGUUGCAGCAACGUAAGCAGGCACGCCAGCAGCAGCGACAGGAGCAGGCCAAGCGGCACACGCAUGCUGCGCAGGAACGCAUGAGGAUUAUCUCGACGCUGGCUCGCAGCGAGAAACGGCGCAAGGCAAACGGCGGGGAUGAGGAGGACGAUGGCUUCGGCAUGAAUGACAACGACUGGGAUGUGUACAAGCGAAUCAAUCGCUACAACGACGACAGCGACUCGGAUGCAGAGAAUGAACAGAUGCUCGAGUACGAGAAGAUCUUGCAGCAUUACGACGCCAACUUCGACGAUGGCAGCAACAAUGCGGCCAUGCAGGCCCUGAUUGCAGCCGAGAACUAUCAGCUCCAUUUCGGAGUUGAAGCUAUCCGGGUGCCAGAGAUUCUCUUUCAGCCGAGCAUGAUUGGGUGCACGGAGGCUGGCCUCGCCGAGCUGAUUGCGUUUGUGCUAAAGCUCUUCACGAGCGAGGAGCAGCAGCGCCUGGUUGAUCACGUCUACCUAACGGGCAGCUGCGCCCAGUUUCGUGGACUAAAGGAACGAUUGGCUAAGGAAUUACUCGAGCUGCGUCCCUUUCAGUCCAGCUUUGCCAUCUAUGAGUCUAAUGAGCCCAUGUUAGGCGCCUGGUUGGGCGCCUGCCUCCAGGCGAACGGCAAGAGAUUCAGUGAGACUUUGAUCACUCGACAACUUUACCAGGAGCACGGCGGCGAGUACCUUAAGGAGCACAGUGCGAGCAAUCUCUUCUAUCCUACACCAAAAGAUUAAAUUUUAUUAUUUAAGACGUCCAAGUAAAUGACAUUUAAUAACUAAAA